UGCUGACUCCUUCUUAGGUCAGCAUUAUUACUAAUAAAUUAAAUGUUCUCUGUAUGUGUCAGUGUGUGUUGUUACAUAGAAGUGGGAGCAUCCACUCCAAGCUGGUUCAGAUCAGUUUUCUGUCUCAAAGUGGUGACAGAGAUAACAAGCAAGCACGUUAAUGUGUGUUACAGCUGUGUUGGGAGCAAUUGCUCUCAUCGCAACAGGUAGGUGCAUGUGUUCAUAAGUAGCUCAUUAGUUCAUCUGAGGAGUUGUGAUCUAAUUAAUAAAAAUAAACUGGAGACUUUCUUCUGUCUGUGGCCAGGAGACCAUAGGCAUCAAGGACUUCAUGAUGAGCAGUUUCCUCUUGUGACUGUCCAGGUUGAGUUUGUUAACCAAUGUAUGCUUGAGAGGUUGUGAGGACAGUUAGAGCUGCAUCACAGUGUUUUUGUGGAUGAUUACUGGAAAACGUGGGUAAUGCAUCAUUUGGACAUUGAGAAAUGGAUGGCAGCAUGGAUGGGUCAAAGGGAAUUGGAGUUGUCCUAAGGUCACCAGGAGCUCUGUCUGCACAGCUGGCCAAGAGCCUGCCCUUAGUUUAGCCAACAGGUAACCACACAUUCCUGCUAUGUUGCCAGCAAUUGUCUGAGCUAGCACUGGCCUCCAUGAGCAGCAACCUAUUAAACAGGAAAAGACCAAAGGAGAGCAGCUUACAAGAGAAUCCAUGUGGGAACUAAUAACCUGUGUAAAUACAUAUGUUGUGUUUCCCAGUCUUUCCAAAUGAGUCUGUGAAGCCUGUGCCAUUUUUUCCUAUGCUGUGUCUCACCUGCAGAUACCAUACACUUACCACAUCCAGCCAGUGCCUCCAUGAGAGUCACUUUCCCCCAUUAACCUUUUUCUGAUGGUGGGUGGGACCAUCAGAAAUUCUGCAAAGAAAAGUUAUAUUCUGGUUAGUCUUUCUGGUAGAAGCUAUACCCAUAGGGUGUCCAAAUGGCAGUGGCAUUAGUGAAGCCCCCUUGAUUCACAUCUGACCAGAUCUUUUAAUGUAAAAAAAUUGUAUUUGCAUCCAAUACAAUGCUUGUUUUGUUUCUUUCUUUCUUCACACUGUUUUCAAGGUCAAUGGAAGACAUUUUAAAUACAGGGAGUUCUUGAUGAUGUAAUUUUUUUUUUAAUGAAGUAUUUAGAAAACCAUUAUUUAAGUUGUAAAUAGAACAAAUUCGUAAGUUUUCAAAUAUAUGGUUAGGGCUAGGGUUUUAUAUCCAUGUCCCACAGGCAAUAUGUUGGUGUGGUUGUUGAGGUGGGGGGAAGGGUAUUGGGUGGUGAGUUUUGGGAAAGGAGUGGUUUGAGCUUUUUAGCCCAAAAAAAUCAAGGAAGUUUUCAGUUGAGCAUCUGUCUUCUGCAGAGGAAACUUGCAGAAUAAUGUUUAGGGUUGUUUUAGUCAUUAGAUGUGAAGCACACAAUAAUGGCCAGACUAUGUUUGUACAAUUGGAGGAUAUUUCUCAUAAUGAAGGAAGUCUCCAAGGUCAGCAUCUACAAUACCCGGAGAAGUUACAUCACAAAGCCAUAGCUGCACCAGCCUGCUCUCUUCCCUUCCCCUGCUUCACCCCCCCCACCUUUUAUUUUUGCAGACUCUUUCUCAGCAUAAGUGUUGCACACAUCUCUUGCAAGAAUACCAUGGUUUUGACCUGGGCUUGUGUCUACUGUGUUAUUUAUUAAAUACACCCCACCUUCAAAAACGGAACCUGAAUGUUUUUUUAAAAGUCAUUAUAGACUUCUAAUAUCCUGUACAUUCCCAAACUCCAUUUGUCUAGCUUCUGGUUUUGCAAUGAGAAUUGCAUUGUACUGUGAUGAUGGCAGCAGCAGCAGCAUCACCUGGAUGUAGUCUGGCCCUGUGCAUUUUAGUUACCUCCUACCUGCCAUGUGAAGGCAGUUGGCAUGACAGGCUCACACCUUUGUGUUGAGCUGUGUCAGAAGAAAAAGGCUCUGGGCUAUUUUAGAAAAAUUUGCAAGAGGGAAAAGAGAAAAGGCUAGAUCUUAAUUUUUAUAGUGCAAUUUGUAUCUCCAUUUACUAUGGAAAUUAAUAUUACUGGUACAUGAAACACCAUCUGGAAACCUUGGAUACAAUUUCUUUCUUUCUUGGCAUUUUUCUUUUUGUGUGUGUUUCUAUACAUGAUAUUUCAGUGCAAGGACUCUUUUAUAAUCCUGAUUUUUUUAAAAGCAGUAUUCUUCAUGAGUGUUCGCUUGGUUUAGCUGUUACCAAACCAUUUACUAAUUGACUGUUAAUCUAAAUUCAGCUUGUCUUAUAAUGGAAAGAGCAAGGAACACUCCUAAGAAGCUUACCUGUUCCUUUUGUUUUCCAACCUCCUGGUGUAGUUUUCUGUUGUUCCAUCAACAGCAUAGCAAAAUGAGAGGUUGCUCUACAUACUUCUCAUUGCUGUAGACCUUCUUCUGUUUGUACCCAAAACUCUGACUCAGUGUGUUAAGUCAGCCAAGUCUUUCCCUGGCUUCAGGUUGUUCUGAAUCAGCCUAUAAACCUGAAAUUCAAAGCUGCUUCUAACAAAGAAAACAAAACAUUUUUCCUUCAGUUUCUAACAGAACUUGUGUUGUGGUUUAAGUCUGUUGUUCACACCCAAUCAUGUUCACCAGUGAUUAUUCCAGGCAUCAUAUGUUUGUGUGAAAUCACCUAGUAUUCAGUAUUUCCUUCAUUGCAUUUGGUUCAUCUACAAUUAAUGCAUUUCAAAAGGGCGGUGGUGUUCUGCCAUCCCUGCUCUCUCACUCUGCAAUUGGGAAUGGUGGUUAGGAAGGGUUGUAAACGUCAUUUAGGUAGUUAGGUAAUCCCUGGUAUUUAAGGAGGUGAGACUAAACACUGAUCUUCUUUUAGGUGUGGACAGGUGUGAAAUAGGUUGAAUUGGAGAAGUUGAAGGAAGAUUUUUAAAGUUGAAAAUAUGUCUUUUGGAAAGUGUGCUAGAUGUGUUGGUUAUAAGUUGCUCAUCCUUGCCCUCCUCUGCAUUGUGGCCAACAUUUUACUUUAUUUUCCCAAUGGUGAAACAAGAUUUGCUUCAGAGCAUCACCUCAGCAAGUAUGUGGAGUGCCUUCAUGGCAUUCUAGGUGGAGGCUUUCUGGUACUCAUUCCAGCUGCAGUGUUCAUUGGGCUCCACAAUGAAGACUGCUGUGGGUGCUUUGGCUAUGAGGGCUGUGGAAAGAGCUGUGCGAUGCUGUCCUCAGUUCUGGCAGCCUUUGUUGGGAUCCUUGGCUCUGGAUACUGUAUAAUCAUUUCAGCACUGGGCUUGUCUCAAGGACCGUAUUGUCUUACCCACCUAGAAAGAAACUGGAUAUAUCCUUUCACUGAUUCCUCUGGAGGGUACUUGUUUGAGUAUAACAAGUGGUCUGAAUGUCAGGAACCUCAGAACAUCGUGCAGUGGAACAUCACUCUCUUUUCCAUCCUCCUUGUUUUGGGAGGAAUAGAAUUCAUUCUGUGCUUCAUACAGAUAAUCAAUGGCAUUCUUGGAGGACUGUAUGGAUUGUGCUGCAGUCAUGAGGAGACAUAUGUUUGCUAGAAACCUGACAAUGUGUUGACAUCAGUGCAUGUGUGUGCUGUAAUGAAUAUGCUGUGGAUUUUUUUUGAACAUUCCAGGCAAACUGAAAUACAUGUUGUUGUCAAACUGUGCUGUUGCCAUGAAUUUAACUGACUUGGGGCCUUUGUUGUUGGAGUCAUAUGCAGGUUUUCCGCUAACCUGCCUGAACUGAAAGGCAAAAUGUAUCCUGAAUAUCUUUGGUUAAUGUCAUCUUGAUACAGACAACUGCCUUAACACACGUCACUAAAGUGGCUUUAUUUAUUUUUCUCUUUCUACUGACACAACAGCUCUGUACUUUGUCCUGUUUUCCCAGUAAAGUUGCUCUUUCAUUCUGAUCUUGGAAUGAAUACAAACCAAGUCCAGCCUGGCCUGGAUAAAAGGUUUUGGUCACCUGGACCAAAACCAAAGCAGCUGUAAAAUGUGGAUGAUUGAGGGGUUUUCAGGAUUUUUCUGAACUUCCCCUGUAUUUCACAAAUAAAGAUUUGUAUUAAAAAUA